AGAAAACGGAAUCGAGGAUGUUGGAGUAUAAGUGCGCCCAGCGACUUCGAGAAUGUUUGGCCGGUCUCUCCCUUCAGCUUUUGCAGCGGCUCUGCUACUUUUAAAAGCCGUAGAGUCAACCCAAUCAGAUCGUUCUCGAAAUUUCCACAACGUCAGCAGACCUGAUUACCGAUUUUUGAAUGAAGUUACUCAACCGCACUUGGUGGAAAGCCUGCCUGAUGUCCAUUUUGACCUAGGCGAGAUGUACUCGGGAUUUAUUCCAGUCCGCGAGAAUGCUUCUCUAUUUUACAUCUUCCAGCCGAAAAUUGGAGAGCCAAGUGAUGACCUCACAAUCUGGCUCAACGGUGGACCUGGCUGCAGCUCAAUGCAGGGAUUUUUACAAGAGAACGGACGGUUCACGUGGCAACCAGGUACUUACAAGCCAGUAAUCAAUGAAUAUUCAUGGGUAAACUUGACCAAUAUGUUGUGGGUCGACCAGCCAGUUGGCACGGGAUUCUCAGUCGGCACUCCAACUGCAACAGAUGAACAAGAUAUUGCUGUCGAUUUCGUCCAAUUUCUAACAAAGUUUCAAAAAUUAUACAACAUAAGAAACUUUCGAAUUUUCAUGUCUGGUGAAAGCUAUGCCGGACGCUAUGUGCCCUAUAUAUCUGCUGCUAUGCUUGAUAAAAAUGACACUGAACAUUUCAAUCUCAGUGGGGCUUUAAUGUAUGAUGCGUGCAUUGGUCAAUGGGAUUGGAUUCAAGCGGAACUCCCAGCUUAUCCCUUUGUUCAGCAACACUCAGAGUUAUUCAACUUUAACAGUUCCUUCAUGAUGGAACUAGAGUCAACAUACCAAGAGUGUGGCUAUGAAGAGUACUUCGAUAAGUAUUUCACUUAUCCAGCCUCCGAGGUUCAGCCAUCCAGAAUCAUGAAUUAUUCCGUUUGCGAUAUUUACAACAUGAUAUACUUCGAAGCUUAUGAUCCAAACCCAUGUUGGAAUCCCUACAGGGUUAAUCAAGCAUGUCCACUGCUAUGGGAUGUCUUAGGUUUCCCUACCGACCUCGCAUAUGAACCGGCUCCUGAGACUUAUUUCAAUCGAACCGAUGUCAAAAAAGCUCUUCAUGUACCAGAAAGUCUUGAGUGGAGCUUAUGUAGCUCUGAAAGUGUCUUUGUGGGUAAUGAUCCAGGGCCUGAGCAACAAUACGAUACGUCUCUGAAUCCUACCGAGGGUGUUCUUCCCCGCCUCAUUGAGGCAACCAACAGGGUCCUCAUUUCAAAUGGAGACUGGGACUACCUGGUCAUAACCAAUGGAACGCUUCUGGCAAUUCAGAAUAUGACUUGGAAUGGGGAGCUAGGCUUUCAGACUCGCCCAGCGACUCCCAUCAAUAUUGAAAUGCCUGACUUGCAAUGGUCUGCAAUCUUCGAAGCCCAAGAUGGAUACGGUGGUCUGGAUGGCCCGCAAGGACUCAUGGGUAUCCAACAUUAUGAACGGGGCUUGAUGUUUGCGGAGACAUUCCAGGCAGGCCACCGACAGGCUCAGGAUCAAGGCCGAGUGUCUUAUCGUCAUGUACAGUGGAUGUUGGGUAAGAUCGAUCGCCUUUGAUAUUUUUUUAUAUUAGAGUGAGCUUCUCAUGAAAGUUCCUGAGAUGAGAAAGCACAUAGAACCCUGAACGGGCAGAGAAAUGACGGGUAUGCUUUGUGGCUAGGUGGAAAUGAUCAUGCUGAGUAACCACGACGUAGUGGUAGGUCGUCAGACACAAAUUGUUGAGUAGCGCAUUUGAAGAACUAGUUGAAGAUAAUAAAAUUUUAAUGCCUA